AUUCAAGAUGGCCACUUCUAUUUUAGAACGUCCUAUAUUUUCAAUUUUAACAAUUGUUUUAAUAUUUUUAACGGCUACUACAUGUUUGUACACGUUGUCACAUUAUAGACCUGCAUUAGAAGCUCGAAAUACGACGUAUAAUGGCAGCAAAAAUGUUUCAGAAAGGUAUAAAAUUGUACUGUACAUUUGGUGUAUAUUUUAUUUUUAUAGAACUAUACAAGUAUUGAAGUAACAAAUUAAAUUUUCAAGGCUCAAAGCCUUUUGUAGGGAAAUUAAUAAUGUGACAUGUUAUUGCAGUUGUAUUAAAGUAUUCAAUAUGUCGCAAAUAAUAAAAAUUCCACUGUGGAUUUUCAUUUUAUAUACAUUAUUUAAUAAUGUAUACUGCAUUAAUUCUUCAUUUGUUUUUUAUAGCGAGUUCCAAUUUCCACAAAACCUCAAUGAGCUCAAGAACUUGGCGAAAUUAUUGAGGAACUAUCAACAACAGAAACCAUUUUAUGUGUUUGCCCUCUUCUGCAGUGCUUAUCUUUAUAAGCAAACAUUUGCAAUUCCCGGCUCUGUGUUCAUGGUUAGUCAUCUGAGAUUUACUGCAAAUCUUCAACAACCCGCUCCCCCCUCCCCCCUGCAAUAAGCACUCCAUUUCAAAUGAGAACCUCCACUCGAAUAAGCACCCUCUCUUAAAAAAGCCCCCUUUAUACAGGAAAACAAUUUUGCCCCCUCUCUUUUAGCCCCUCUCCAUUCAAGAACAAAAAACAAAAUUAAUGUAUCUUCGAGGGGUCCGACACUGUCAUAUGAAGCGUACAAGAUUUCAAAAUCACGUGAUUUCGAACCUGAUUUCUUGAUUUCUAAUCUGAUUUCCGUUGAUUUCUAAACGGAUUUCUGUUGAUUUAUAAUGCGAUUUCUAACGUGAUUUCUAACCUGAUUUCUAACCUGAUUUCUGUGAGUUACCACUGUCAUAUAAGACUGUGGGCUCAAUAAUAAUGAAGUUUUAGUGAUUUCUGAUUUCAAAAUUGACUAAUUUCUCUCGUGAUUUCUUGAUUUCGGGGUUGAUUUCAGUUGAUUACUGAGUCGAGUGUACGAGAUUUCAGCCAUGUCGGACACCUCGUGUUUCUUUGUAGAUGAAUUAUUAGUACACUGAAACUUUGUUUUUCAUGUAUGAAACCACGUUACCACUUGGAAAAAUCUUACUAGAAUAUAUACACCUCUAAUAGCCUGAACCACCCCACCCCUUUGAAAGAUCUGCACUCACCUAUUAAAUUUUUACCCCCCUGGAAAAUCUGUCCUAUGACACGACUAGUAACCCUAAAUUCCAAAUUUUAUGUUUCUAAAAUAUCUCAAAUAAUUUUUUUAAUUCCUACAGAACUUGUUAGCUGGUGCAUUGUAUGGUCUAAAACAUGGUCUUCCAUGUGUCUGUAUCCUGACUGCAACUGGUGCUUCCUGUUGUUUCCUCAUCUCAAGAUAUUUGGGAAGACCUGUGUUGCUUCAUUACUUCCCACAAAAACUUCAUCAUUUACAAAAUAAGGUUAGUUGAACCCUCAGAAAUCUAAGCUAAAUCACUGCAAUGUGUGUGCAUUCGAAAAGAACUAAAAAAUACCAUUCUACUCUUCCAGAUAAAAGAAAACGGCGACAAUCUAUUUGGGUUUCUUCUCUUCCUGCGUUUCUUUCCAAUGAGUCCUAACUGGUUCCUAAAUAUGGCAUCACCGGUACUCGACGUUCCAUUGAAAUUAUUCUUUCCUUCUGUAUUGAUAGGUAAGUCUUGUUGUGUGAGAUACGUUGUGUGCAUCGCGUUUACAGAGUGAUUUUUUGCUCAACUUAUUGUAGAUAAGUUCUUUGUACGUUUGCAUGGCGAUAAAACAUAUAAUAGUACGUUUUGUAUGUGGUGUUUCCACAAACAAAACUAUUAUAAUUGUAGGUAAUCUUCAAAAGACCAAACACACCUCAAAUUAUUUUAAGGAGAAUGAAAUUGACCAUGAUUUCUAAAUGCUAUUUCCUACAAAUUUUGAGUUUUGAAAUUUUCUUCAUGCAUUAUGCAACUUUUGCAGUUAGGUACGGUAGUGAAAUAAAUAUGGGCAUUGGGUAUUUUUUAUUUUAACUUUUGGUAUUUUUUUCAUUUUUAACAUUAAAUGUUCAUGAGAGAGGGGGUUCCAAAUUUUGGUUGCAACAUUUUUCUACCCAGAGUUCAUUCCUCAAACCUUUUUUUGCUUGAAUGUCAUAUCAAGUUACUUAACUAAAAGGCAAUAUUAUAUAUGGUUGGAAAAAAUCUUAGUUCAUUAAUCAGCCUUCUUUCAGACCUAUAGGGGAGGGGAUCGCAAUACACACAUCAUAUGUUUAAUCACUUGUAAUUACUUGCAUUAACAGUCCCUUACGAAAAAAAACUAGUUUCUGUACUGUACAUUGUAACAAGGUUGUUGUCAAGUCGAUAUCAGGAUGUGUUCGCACUGCUUGUUCCCAGUUGUUGUGACAAGUCUGGAACAAGUUGUUAUCACCUUGUUACAAGGUUGAUGACAGUAACAGACUUGCUACAAGUUGUUCCAACAAGACUAAUACAGGCUGUUCGUAACAAGUUGCUACGAGCUUGUUGUCAUCAACUUGUUAACGACUUGUUAUCUGCAGACGAUCUCAGUUGUAGUGUUGGAACAACUUGUUGCGAGUUUGCUGGCCUCAUCAACCUUGUUAUGAGGUGAUAACAACUUGUUCCAGACUUGUCAACAAUUGAGAACAAGCAGUGCGAACACAUUUUGUUGACAAGGUGUGAGAUUUUUACGCAGGUACACACGUAAAAACGCACAAGUUGUAACAAACCUGCAGCAGACUUGUAGCAAUGCUGUUCCAACAGCUUGUCAACAGGAUGUGUUCGCACUGCUUGUUCCCAGCUUGUUGACAGCUUGUUGACAACUUGCUACAAGAUUGUUGAGCUCAACAGACUUGUUACAAGUUGUUCCAACAACUUGUUAUCGUCCUGCAAUUCAACAAUUUGUCAACAAGUUGUGAGUGACAACCUUGUAGCAACGUGAUAAAAUAGUUAGCAUUGUUAUAACUUGUUGACAAGCUUGCUACAAACCUGUUGCGAACACAUCUUGUUGACAAGUUGUGAGAUUUUUACGUGAGCAGUAUACCACUCAUAGCUUGAUCGGCAAUAAACAUAUUUCAUUUCUUUAUUAAUACAAAUAAUUUUUCUAACCAGGUUUGGUUCCAUAUAACUAUAUCUGUGUCCAGACUGGAUGUCUGUUAAGCGAACUUAACUCCAUAGAUGAACUUUUAACUAUAAACGUUGUCAUAAAACUGGUUGGCAUCGCCACUGCGUCGUUAAUACCGGGAAUAAUAAUAAAACGAAUGAAUAGUAAUAGACUGCAGAAUAGGAAAGAAAAAUGAAAGUAGAUUUGUAGGCUGUAUGUAUAGGGGGAUAAUUAUGUCCGAAUUAGUAAACGCCAUGCAUAUUCUACACACGCAAAAAUCUCACAUCUUGUAGAAAGACUAGAAAGUCUGCCAACAAGCCGUCAACAAGUUGUGUUCGCACUGCUUGUCCCAAGUUGUCAACAAGUUUGGAACAAGCUGUUAACAACUUGUAACAAGCUUGAUGGCAUUAUCAGACUUGUUGCAAGGUUGUUCCAACAAGUCCGAUACAGUCAUGAUAUAACAAUAUUGUUACAACCUUGUGUCGUCAACCUUGUAACAUUCUUGUUAUGUCAUGACUGUAUCAAACUUGUUAGAACAACCUUGUAACAAGUCUGAUAAUGCCAUCAAGCUUGUUACAACUUGUUAACAGCUUGUUCCAAACUUGUUACAACAACUGGGAACAAGCAGCCUAGGAACGGAUUUGUCACAACUUGUUUGCAGACCUGUAACAACUUGUGCAUUUUUACGUGUGUAUUUGGGCAUUAAGCCUGCCACACAGGAGAAUCUUGCUGAACUAACCGCCUCGCGUGGCGGCAUAUUUUUCGUCAGGAUUUAACCUCUCGAGAUUUAACCGCUGAGAUCCUCUCGUGUGCGGCUGGCUUUAUAGGUUACUUUGGGCUUAUCCACUACGUGAAUCGAUCAUAAUCUAUAUAUUUGGCAUCACGAACCAACCCCAAUAAAUCCAGUAAAUAUUUUUAGGAAAUACACAAAACACAAUAUUUAAUGAGUAUAAAAAAUUAUUUUAAUUCCCUAAAUCAAUGUUUACAAUAAAAAACUGUGAUUCAAUGAAACUAGAACGUAUUUUUGUGGAUGUGCAACGUAUAAAGAAUAGAUGUUUUUUUUAAUAUUUUUUUUUAUAAUUUAUAUAAUUUAAAAUCAUCCCUCCAUAAUUCAAAAACUUGUCAAAAACUGACUUAUCUAGACUAUAACCGUAGUAUAGCGUUGAAAGCGGGUCUUGUCAACUCGAUGUCAAUGAUCUGAUUACUGAUUUAUUUUAUCUUGUAUUGGCUUUUACUACAGUAUAUUCAAUACUCUAAUGUUUCAUCAGAUAUCAGAUAUCAAAUUUUAACUCUGUGUUGUGUUGAUGUAUAUGGCUUGGCGAUGGACCAUUUGCAUUAUAGACUAAAUUUUGAUCUAGACAAAAAUUUCAUCACAGCUUGAAAGAGCAUCAUAAAAUUAGUUAUUUUCCAAAGUUGCGUUGCGAAAUGUUGUAAAAUGCGGAUAAUAUAGCCUUGCGAAGUUUGCCGUUUUUCAGUCAUUUAGUAUUACGCACGGGAAAUUGACAGCCCAAUCGGGUGUUGGGGCAUCAAUUUCCCGUUUGUAAUACAAAAUGACUGAAAAUUGCAAAUUUCGCAAGGC